AUGCUUUGGAUCAGGAGAGUCCUGCAACGCUGGGGAAGGGUGGUGACAACGCGCAGCUGCCAGGCCAGAGCUCACUGCGCGUGUCUUCCCCAGACCCUGACUUCCCACUGCCACCAGUGCGUCAUUGUCACCAGCUCCAGCCACCUCCUGGGCACCCGCCUGGGCUCGGAGAUCGACCAAGCCGAGUGCACCAUCCGCAUGAACGAUGCCCCCACCACCGGCUACGAGGUGGACAUGGGCAACAAGACCACCUUCCGGGUGGUGGCUCACUCCAGCGUCUACCGGGUGCUGAAGAGGCCACAGGAGUUUGUCAACAAGACACCGGAGACCAUCUUCAUCUUCUGGGGACCUCCCGCCAAGAUGCAGAAGAGCCUGCUGAAAAUCAUCCAGCGCGUCAGCAUGUCCUUCCCCAACAUGACGGCCUACGUCGUCUCCCCGGGACGCAUGAAGCAGUUUGACGACUUGUUCCGGGGGGAGACGGGGAAGGACAGGUACCUCGGAGAGGUCUCUGGACCUCGCCGCCCGCUUUUCCGGG